UGACUCGUCGUGAUAGACAUCGCCGUGAAACCGAUUUAUAAACAGCAGUCAAACUACUUCCCCUACGGCAAGUUCAACAGAUCCUGACUCCAUCAUUUACAAACACCACAUACCCCAUCAUGGCGCCGAGUGCGACGUUGCCGUUGGUACCGUUGCCACACUCGCUGGUCCUGCUACCCGGCGUCACGACCAAGAUUCCGCUACAGAACCGUGCAGAUAUCGCCGCCAUCCUCGCACACAUUUACAGCAAAGCUGCCAUUCCACGGCCUGAGCCCUCGAGUGUCACUGUUGGGUGCGUUCCGAUCAACAGUCCAUACCUCAGCGCCGAUGGCAAGCGACUCAUCGAGGACACCGAUGCGAAAGGCAAAGAGAAGGAGAAGAAGCGGGCAACUUCUCAGGUAGACCCUGCCUCGGCGCGCAAAUCCGAUCUCUUCCAGUAUGGAACUUUGGCACGAGUCACGGGAGUGCAAGGCCGUCGUGCUGGCGAACUAGUACUCGUGGUGGAAGGUGUCCGACGAUUUAAGAUUGAUAAGGUCUUCCGGGAGCGACCAUAUUUCGAGGCCAAGGUGACCGUCUUCGAGGAGGAAAAGGUUGCUGAGAAUGAUGACGUCGUUGUUGCUCAGUUUGCCAACCUGAAGCAACUCAGCCGUGAGCUGAUUGCGCUUAUUCGAUUGUCUGCGCUCCUUCCACGAGGGCCUAGCAUGUCACUCUCACCGAUUCUCGCUCGACGACUAGAACUAUACAUCGUGCGAAAGGAUCUACAGGAAGCCGGCAUACUGGCAGAUUUCAUGACCAACGUGGUGGAUUGUUCUCACGAAGAGAAGCUGCGCAUUCUGUCCGCAGUCUCGAUCCACGAUCGCCUGACACGCAUUAUCGAAAUUCUUCAGACCCAAAUCGCCAGCAUACAGAGCAAUAGCCGAAUUCUGCAAAUCACCAGCAGUCAGGACACAGCAAAGGGUGGCGUCAUCGACCUCGACACUCUUAAUCAAUUGCGCAGCGAUCCUCGCUUUCGAAGAAUGAGUGGCAACCAAGGUCCCGGAAACGGCCUACCUCCAGGCAUGGGCGGUGCGGGUGGACCUCAGGAUGAUGAAAACAACGAGAUGGACGAGCUCAAGAAGAAGUUGGCUGCCGCAGGUUUAACUCCCGAGGCACAGAAGGUCGCAGACCGUGAGAUGAAGCGCUUGGCGAAGAUGAAUCCUGCACAGGCUGAGCACCAAGUUUGCCGGACGUAUCUCGAAAAUCUGGCAGAAAUUCCAUGGUCCAAGAUGACCGAAGACAAUCUCGAUGGCAGCACACUUGUCAAAGCACGAAAGCAACUUGAUGAUGAUCACUACGGACUGGACAAGGUCAAGAAGCGGUUAUUGGAGUACCUUGCCGUAUUGAAAUUAAAGCAAGCCGUCAAUAUGGACCUCGACAAGCAAAUUCAAGCCAUUACUGCCGCCACUCAGGCAAAGGAGACUACUGAAGAGCAGCCUGCUGCUGCAGAACAAGAAAGUGCUACCACUUCAACUGCGCUUGUUAAGAAGGGCGCUCAGCGGGAACAGACAUCAGAGGAGGUCAAGAUCCUCAAGCACAAGAAGAUGGUCGACAAAUCGCCGAUUCUUUUGCUUGUUGGGCCUCCUGGCGUCGGCAAGACUUCACUAGCCAAGUCAGUCGCCACCGCACUCGGUCGUCAGUUCCACCGUGUCUCUCUUGGUGGCGUGCGUGACGAAGCAGAAAUCAGAGGUCAUCGACGAACAUAUGUCGCUGCCAUGCCAGGUCUCAUCGUCAAUGGUUUGAAGAAGGUCGGUGUGGCCAACCCGGUAAUCCUACUCGAUGAAAUCGAUAAGGUUGGCACAUCAUCUAUUCACGGUGACCCAUCAGCGGCUAUGCUAGAGGUGUUGGAUCCGGAGCAAAACUCUACCUUCGUCGACCACUACGUCAACAUUCCUAUCGACCUCAGCAAGGUUCUGUUUAUCGCCACCGCCAACAGCCUCGACACCAUUCCAGCUCCUCUGCUUGAUCGUAUGGAGACCAUUCAGCUUUCCGGAUACACUACCUUGGAGAAACGUCACAUUGCCACCCGCCAUCUCAUCCCCAAGCAAGUUCUCACCAACGGCCUCAAGCCAGAGAAUGUUCAGAUGUCAGACGAGGUCAUCGACAAAGUAAUUACAUCAUAUACUCUGGAGUCUGGAGUCCGGAAUCUGGAGCGAGAAAUCGGCAGCGUGUGUCGUUCCAAGGCAGUACAAUACGCGGAAGCGCGCGAUACAAACACACUUCCAGCGUUCUCGCCCAUCGUCACAGUCGACGAUCUUGAGGAAAUUCUUGGAAUUGAAAGAUAUGAACAAGAGAUCGCCGCACGAAACUCUCAACCUGGCGUCGUCACCGGCUUGGUCGCCUACAGCACCGGCUCCCAAGGUAGCAUUCUCUUCAUCGAGAUUGCUGACAUGCCUGGCUCUGGUCGUGUGCAACUUACUGGAAAGCUUGGUGACGUGCUCAAAGAGUCUGUCGAGGUCGCUCUCUCAUGGGUCAAGAGCCACGCCUACGAGUUAGCUCUGACCCACGACCCCAGUGAGGAUAUUAUGAAAUCGCGAUCGAUCCAUGUUCAUUGUCCCUCGGGUGCUAUUCCCAAGGACGGUCCAUCCGCUGGCCUCGCACACACCGUCGCGUUGAUCUCACUCUUCAGCGGCAAGCGAGUCCCGCCUACACUCGCCAUGACCGGCGAAGUCGCUCUCCGCGGCAAGGUCAUGCCCGUCGGCGGCAUCAAGGAGAAGCUCAUCGGCGCACUCCGUGCAGGCGUAAAGAAGGUUCUCCUCCCUGACCAGAACCGCAAGGACGUUAAGGAUCUGCCGACUGAGGUCCUCGAGGGCCUCGAGAUUGUGCACGUCCGACAUAUCUGGGAGGCUUUGCCCCAUGUCUGGCCUGGUGCUGAAUGGCCGGGCCAACGUGGCUGGAGUGGAAUGGAGAGUCGAUUGUAAUCAUGCUUUGCAAAUUCUAAGAAGGGAAAGAAGAUUGAAUCCAUUAGCAUCUGGCCAGUCGGCCUCAUAUAUGUUCUUUGUAUUUAGCAAGCUUUUUUGAUUGUAUUUGAGGGUUAAUACAUUGAUCUCGAUGGAGACGAAUCGUUUCUGGUCCUUCUAUGCGCACGUUAGCACCGAACGUCUUCUCGAGAGGAAAUUUAAGACCCCGUUAAUUGAUGGCUUCUAUAGUGUCG